AAUCUAGGCUAUUCUAUCUACGGAUUUAUGAGAGAAAAUCCCAAAACUACUUGACUCAUACAAUUUUAUCAAGCAUACCCUUUAUUUCUCUCAUUUUGAUUGAAUUUCACCAAUUACAUCACUUCUAUCAUCCUCAUUCUAACCGCAUCUAAGCCGUGCCAAGCCUCCGUACAACAAGCUUGAUCGAUUAGUCAGUCCAUCAUGGAAGAAACCGAGGACACUACCGCAGCUAUGGCACAGGCUAUGGGCUUUUCAAGCUUCGGGGCUCAACCUAGCUCGAACAAGCGACGCAAGUUCAAUCCUCGUGCAGACGCUGUGGUUGCGUCGACCUCUACUUCUAUUCCUCUUCAUCGCAUCAGUGAGGCUAAGUCGGGUUCCAACGCGAUCCCCUUAGGAGUUAGAUCGAAGAAUGAAGACGAAAUCACCCUUGAAGAUGAUGAAGCGGCUAGCGUUACGGACAGCAGAAUAUAUUCCCCUCUCAAUGAACCGGGUGAUGAUGAGCCGGGGCCUCAGUAUUUGGACACUUCACGCCCGCCUGAUAUAGCCGCGGUCGAUCCAACGGGUGAUGCUAUUUCUAAUACUAAAACUGACGCUACAACCGGGGAUUAUGCGGGACAUAUUGUAGCGGCCAAGUCAUCAGCGGCGAGUACCAGCGGAGGUUUUGCCAGGCAGAGUCAGGGGCAUGAGCCAGGGAAGAAAUGGUGGGAUGAUUACUAUGACCCGAGUUCGAACACCAAUCCUUGGGAACGACUUGAGAAUAUCAAGGGCUUAGGGCCGAGGGGCAGUUGGAUGUCCUGGGAGGCGGCUAAACGAUGAGUUAGUAUCGUCACCAUUGGUCAUGUGAAAACUUCGUUGAGCUUUGGUCUGGGCAAUUCGACCAAGUAGCCAUAUUUAUUUAAACCAAAGGCAAGCGAGGAGGAAAUAAUAUGGUGGAAUACGUUAUGAACAUGUCGCAAUCCUUAGGCGUCACCAUGUCACGUGACAAUAAUCGACAUACGACAAGUUAUUCUUCGUGGUGGAUUCAACCCGGUAUCUUACAUGACAGGUCGAAGAA